AUGCUUAUGCUUGAAGCUACCUAUAAUCUGAAUCGCGAUUAUUUGAAGCACGCUUUCCGUCGGCACCAGUUACGAGUUCGAGCACGAAACGAGCGUCAGCAGAGAUGGGCUGAGCUCUCACGAGCAGCUGCUGUCAUACAGCGCGCUUUCCGUCGGCACCAGUUACGAGUUCGAGCACGAAACGAGCGUCAGCAGAGAUGGGCUGAGCUCACCCGGGCGGCUACUGUCAUACAGCACGCUUUCCGUCGGCACCAGUUACGAGUUCGAGCACGAAACGAGCGUCAGCAGAGAUGGGCUGAGCUCACCCGGGCGGCUACUGUCAUACAGCACGCUUUCCGUCGGCACCAGUUACGAGUUCGAGCACGAAACGAGCGUCAGCAGAGAUGGGCUGAGCUCACCCGGGCGGCUACUGUCAUACAGCACGCUUUCCGUCGGCACCAGUUACGAGUUCGAGCACGAAACGAGCGUCAGCAGAGAUGGGCUGAGCUCUCACGAGCAGCUGCUGUCAUACAGGUUACUAUCGCUUUUCGUUGUGUGUCGGCAACAGUCGCGGCUAUAGUUCACCGCAUGCUUGUGCGUUAUGCUCACUAUGAAGUGAAAUGCGAUUAA